CACUUAUUGAUAAAACUUAUCGAUAUGAACAAAAUUUGUCUGGGUGUGUAAAUUAUGCCGUACUUUUAUUGCAUAUUUGUCAGGGUGGUUGCACGGAAACCAAUGUCGAUGUACAGAGACAACAAAUAUAUGCGUACAGACACUUUUUGUCUGUACAGACAACACUACAAGAAAAUUGACCUUUUGCGACGAAUAAUUUGCAACCGACUAUGAAUAUGGUCGUAAUAGAUAUACUAAUAACGACCAAAUUUUAUCUGGUCGCAAAUGAUUAAUUUUUUCCGGACCAUUUUAAUUUCCGUUCGCUACUUCUCUAAUUUCCCGUCCCUAAAAGUUUUGUUUAGGCGGGUGGCGGUCAAUCCAAAAAAGAGCUCUAACUUUUUAUUUUCUAGGGAGUACUUUUCUUUGUUUUUCCUUUAAUUAAAAAAUUGAAAAACAAACCCUGGAGCCCAUCUGCGACUUAUUAGCCUCACGAUUGCAAUCAUACCCUAGCUUCGUACCAUUCUUCUUCUCUACUCAACUUGGCCGCUCCUCAAUCAAACCUCCGAGAAACAUCAUCGCUCGUUCGCGGUCUUUCUUCUGCAAUUCUUUCGUCUUCGCUGCAAUACUUCAAUUCACGAAUUGGAGAAGAACAAAUCCAGACUAUCACAAACGCCGACUACUGGUCUGCCUUCAUAGUAGCCACUUUCCUCAUUUUUGGAAGGGGAAGGAAUUAAAACGAAGAUUAUUCAAAUAGGAAGAAGACGAAGGAAACCUAGCAGCUAACCAGGUUCAAAUGUCUAUUACUUGGGUGCUCCCCGAAGUAACUUGGCCGCUCCCCAAACAGAAAGCCACAUCAAGUUGUCAAGGUAAACACAUUUUCCCAUCACUAUUUUAGCAAUAAUCUUAUGAAAGUGCUGCAGACAGUUCUUAUUAUCUAAUUUUUGAAACUUAUUUGUUCUCAUUUCAACAAGUUUUGUUCAUUGUAUGAGAAAUUUGAUUGUUCAUUUUUCUAUUCUGAUUUUAAUGUGUUAUGCAAGUGAAUUGGUACAGUUUUGGUUUGAUGUUGUUAUUUGGGCUCUUUUGAUUACAUAUUGGUACCCCCUUUAAUGAUUUCUCUGCUUUUUUCUGGACUACACUGUUUGGCUAUUUCUCAGAUUUUUCAUUUUCCUUUGGUUCGAAAUCAUACUGAAACAAUAACAGGAGAAUUUACACACAAAAAUAACAAUAAAAAUUACGCAAAACAAGAGUAUGUAUGCAAGGUGCCACUUCAGUUCAAGGAGUUCAAUAGAGAGUCCAGUAGCAACCCAGUUGUGGGCUUAUUCAGUAGACUGCUUCCUGACUUUUUGUCCAGGGAGGAAGCUUUCGAGGCUAUUGAUCUUAACAAGGUGCCACUUCAGUUCUUUAUUAAAGUCUUGCUCUAGAUCAAACUAAAUUCACAUAGAUAAAAACGCAUACAUAGUUAAUGAGCACUAUUCUGUACUAAAUUGCUGCUUAUGUUAAUUAUAAAGUACUUAAUUCUUCUUUCAAUGUUAAUCUGUAAUGGGUAAGAUCACUAAUUUAAGAUGUUUCUCAAUUUACAAUUUAAUCAUUUCAAUUUAAUCGUUCUCUAUGUUAUUUCAGAGUGUUGAUCUGUUUAGUUUCAUAGUUGCAUUUCCAGUCUGCCAAUCAGAAAAUCUGAGCUUUCCCCGUUCAGGAUAUGCAUCUUUUAAGAAAACCAAUAUGAUAGCUUUGAGAUCGAUUGGGGUUUGAACAUCGGAAUAAGCUGGAGUGUUGUAUAUAUCAGUGUGAUUCCAUUUCAAGAAUAAUCAUAUAGUCUUCAAUGAGCUGGAUUAUACUUUUCACAUUUAAGCUGAUUUCAUAACAAGUUAAUAUUUGAGCUGCACUGAUUUUCUUUCCUUGCUUGAUAUAAAUUUCAGAGUAAUACUCUGAGGUGUUAGGAUUAAGUGGAAGGCCGGUCAACUUUGGAAAAUCAUCACCUAUACGACAUUCCAUUCAAACAAGCAGAAAUCAUACACAAGCUUGUUACUUUGGUUAAGUUGAACUGAUGGUCAUGCUAUUAGCGAAGGCUUAAUUCGUUCACUAAUGGUGCAACAAACGUCUGAGUUUAUAUUGGAUGAUGAAAUUCUUAAGAGAGUCGAUUCACACAUGUUGAUGUUAAUUGUUAAGGUUGCUAUUGCAGAUAGCUCGGAUCAUUUUUAUGUAAUAUUGACGUCAACGGGGUUACGGGGCUGCUGCAUGAAGAUGAAUUACCUCAUGCUUUGCAAUAUACGGACUAUGGAGUAUAUAUAUGAUCCUGAAAAGAUUAAAGAAAUGUUGUAUAUAUCAAGAAAACAAAGAUGGGUGGAUCAUUCCCAGUCAUCACGUGUGGAAAGUGAAAAGAUGAGACGCUAGCUACUUGUUUUAACUAUUUUAGUAGAUUAGAUGAAUAGAUGAUGUAGUUGAUCGAUGAUUAAAUACUUUUUGUAUCAUUGAUUUAGAACCAAAAGUUAAAUAAUUAUAUGCAAAGAAGAUUUUAUCCUA